AUGAAGCGUUCACGCAGUGUAAGUCAACUACACGAGGCAGGGAUGAAACUUGAAGCUGAUCAAGAAAGUAGUGUCACUAGGAUGCAAUAUUCAGAGGGAAAAAUGUUGAACAUACCAGGAAUUAUGGUAAGUGAUUGGACUGAGACUAUGCUCAGAAAUGUGGUUGCAUUUGAGCAGUGUCGCCAUCCUUUAUCUGGUUAUAUAACUGAUUACGUAUGCCUCUUGGAUGAUCUUAUUGACACUGAAAAAGAUGUUGAAAUUCUUGUUGAAAAGAAGAUUGUGAUGAACUUGUUGGGUGACAGUAAUGAAGUUGCUUCCAUGGUGAAUAAGCUCUGCAAGAAUGUUAUGGUAACAAACACCAACACUGAUUAUAUCUCUCUAUAUGAAGAAAUAGACAAGUUUUGUGAUAACCCCUAUCACAAGUAUAAUGCAAUCUUUGUGCGUGAAUAUUGGAGCACUCCUUGGAAAAUUGCAUCUGUGAUUGCUGCAACUUUGCUGCUCUUGCUCACUUUCAUUCAAACCAUAGAGAAAUAG